AUUUUCGCACUGACCUAUCUGGAGGACGCGUCGUGUGUCUUGCUUGAAAAACGCGUCUACGAUCGACGCGCUCUGAUGUUUACGAUAUGCGUGACGUGCCUUUCUUGGGCGCAAGGCAGGUUCGCAACUUGUCAGCGCAUCGCGAUUCAGUAAACUUACGCCUCGAUCGAUCGACAUCCAUUAUUUAUACCCGCUGGUACAAGGCGAACAUCGCUUCUAGCGCAAUACUUUCCCCUCUUGCAAGGAUUUGCCUGUGUACUUGCUGUCGCUUCGGCCCGGGACAGGACAGGAUGCAAUUUGCAGAUGCGAGGCUGAAAUCAUUCAUCCAACGAGGGCGCUCUUGGCCCUACAAGAGCUCAACACACAAGGCUGUCCCUGAAUUGUUGGCAGAUGCAGGAUUCUACUGGAGACCAGCUGCUACAUCGCCCGAUAACGUGGUUUGUUUUCUUUGUGGAAAAUCGCUGGAUGGCUGGACCGAAAGCGACGACCCGUACGACGAACAUAGUAGUCAUUCGCGGACAUGCGGCUGGGCAAUUGUUAAGACGAUUCCAAUACUCGAUGAUGACUUGCCCUUUCGCUGGGACGAUGCGUAUGAGCUCCCUAAGGGUCAGAGGAUGACUAAAGCGCGAAUGGACACUUUCGGAAAAUGGUGGCCGCACGAGCGGAAGAAGGGGUGGUUUGGCAAUAUGAAGAGGAUGGCGAAGGCAGGUUUCUUUUACGCUCCAGUUGACGACUCAAUAGACAAUGUUCAGUGCCCUUACUGCAUGUUGGCGCUGGAUGGAUGGGAGGCAGAGGAUGAUCCAGUUCAUGAACACCAAAGGAGAUGUCCUUCCUGCCCCUUUUUCGCAACGAGAGCCGCAGCACCGACAAUGGCUUCAGCAGCCAAGGCAACAAAGAUCAAAAGAAAGGAUACGUCGGGAUCCAUGGAUGUUCUCAUUGCUAGAGAACAGGGCUUGCUUUUAUCACCGCGAUCACAAAAAGUACACGCGCCGAUAAUGGACAUGGGAGAUAUCAGGAGGGUUUCCUUUGCAAGUCGAAUGCUCAAGUCGCCUGCGACAUCUUCAUCAGUUUUUCAAAGCAAUGACAGCCAGGACGUUGGUACAUUAAGGCCAUCUACCCCCACACCGGCUAGCGCAUUAAAGAGGAGCUCAAAAGGAGAAAACUCGUCACCCCCAGUACGAUCGGUCGAAUUCACCCUGCCCGAGGCUCUAGCGAAGGAUCCAACGAAGGUUACAGAAGGAAAUAUUGUAACAAAGCGGAAAUCACAAUCAAGUGAACCGGAUGUGCCACUAAAACUGAACCAGGAAAUCGAGGUGGAGGAGCCUGAGCCAGCAGUGGGAUCAUUCACAUCAAACCCCAGUAUGAGCGCAGACUCGUCAUCUAUCACAACACCGAUUGAAGCCUCAACUCGACCAUCACGAAAGCGAAGGCCGGCAGGUAGGGCUGAUACGGAGUCGUCUACUUCUUCCGCGUCCUCGAUAUCAUCGCGCCAGGCAAAGUCACUUAAUGUAUCUGUUGUGAUCACCAAGAAGCGGAAGCUGACAAAGGAAGAGCGAGCUUUAAACCGCAAAAACUGGGGCAAAACGUACACUCAGGAUACUGAGGUUGGAUCCAUCGUAUCUACUCCGCCGGUUGCAAUAUCGUUGGAAAGGACACUUUUAGGAGAUGAGAACUCGAAUGAUGAUAAGGACAAGGAACAGCACCAGAACCAAAAGCAACAGCGGGAGCGGAGUACAAGCAAUGGUUCGCAGUUGCCUGGGAAGCGGCGAAGGAUCAGAUCCAUCGAAAUCAUUGAAGUCAGCGACAGCGAUGCUCCAGUAAUGAAACCUACGGCAGAAGUUCAGAAGGAUAAUCAGGACGAAGCUGAAGUGGUUGAGGUGGACACUAGCCAUGCCCAGUCCGAUACUGAUAACGCCGCCAGGAUGAAUUACGACGAAGCAGCGGAGCGCCUAAAAACACCGGAACGGGAACCGGAAGACUUGGUGCAGGACAUUGAGAACGCUAAAGAUGCUGCUGUGGAUUAUAUGAAUCCUGUUAAGCGGACGUCGUCAAGCCUGGACGCUGACGAUUGGGAAGAUGAAGACCACCGUGAGAGCACUCAAUCUCGAUUCUCAACACCGUUCCUUUCACCAUCUAAAUGGGCAGCCGAUGGUACGCUAUCAUCAUCGACACCAAACCCCAAGAAGACCCCUUCGCAACCCUUGCCAAGUAUAACUCCUCGGCAGAAGAUCAAGGACAUAGUCGGGAACGCACCACAUUCGUCAUAUUUGGGAUCACCUGCAGCUAGAAAGACCACCCGAGGCCAUCUUCUAUCACCAAAGCAGAAGCAACAAAGUUUGGUCGAUCGCUUGGAGGAUCUGAUGCAUGGAAACGACAGUUCGGAGGUUAUGGCUGUGGCAGAGCAUGCCAUCAAAGAGGAGGUCAGAGCACUGAGGCGUACACAGAACAAGGAGCGGAAGCGGGUUACGACAGCUGCUGCGUCACAAGUUGUAGGGGAACACUCGGAAGUCCAUAGAGACCAAAAAUACAAAUCAGAUCAACGGGAUGAAAACCCCAUGUCGUCAGAACCGGAAGCAAUUAGCAACAAGGACAUCAUGCAGACGCCAGUCAAGAAAGCGAGCAUCAUGUUGCUAGAGUCCACAACGCCCGCCACAUCUGUAAGGUCGCCUCUGCCGAUUUCCAAGGUAAUCUCAGCCAUAGGGGCUGCUUCGCGUCGGAACAACAACUCUCCUGCAUCGCCCUUUGUCAGGACGCCGGUGAAGAGGCGAAUCGAUCUACUCAGAUUGGAGGAUUUGGAGACCGGGGGAAGCAGCAUUGAUCGACACAAUGACCAGGAUCAACCAAGCCCGCCUAGAGAGAUGUGGGACCCUAAAUCCGACGAUAAUCCGUUUAUUGAGAAGCCCCGAACCCAGUCGAACGCAUCAAGGAUAGAGCCAGAUGGAGGGAAGACGCAUCGGUCAGAUGUUGAUACCCAAGUCGUAAAGCCUCCGUGGCAGGACGAGCAGGCAAGGCUGCUGAGUGGACCUCAAAGGGCUUUAGAUGAGAUGCCAGAAUGUAGCAGCAAACCACAGCAGGAUUAUGAUGGAAAGCCAGUACCUACACUUCGACUCCACAAGGACCCUGAAAUCGACGAGAAACGACUGAGACUUAUGAAGGAAGCCAAUAUCACGGAGAGCGAUCUCAAAAUGACAGUCGAGGAGUUUCACCGCCACUGGACGGAGGAGCAGGUGAGGCUGCUUGAGUUGCAAGCGGAGGCAUGGAUCCAGCGGUUCCAGGAGGAGUGCGACCGUGUCAAGAGGGCUCUGUGCGAUAACGGUACCAUGUAGUUCCAAGCUGGGACAUUGCACAUUUGUAGAAUAGAAUAAUUAAUAAUAACCAAUGUUGGACUGCCAAAUAGCACGAUAACACAGCAUUGCAAGC